AUGGUGGCGUUGGGCCGCGUCCGGGUGUGCGACCCCGGCGCGCUGCUCCCGGAGGGCUUCUGGGCGGCCCUGGCCGUGUGGCUGGAGAGGCCGCAGGUGGCCAACAAGCGCCUGUGCGGCGCCCGCCUCGAGGCCCGCCUGCGCGCCGCGCCGCCCGGCUCCGAGGCGCGGGGCCCCCAGCCCGACCCCGCGGGCGGCCGGCGGGGCGCGGCGGGGCGCGGGCCCGGGGCGGCCGGGGGGCCGGGCCGGCGCUGCCCCGACGGCGGCGACCCCGAGCCGGGGUCGGGACCGGCCCCGGCCGGCGGCGGGCGCGAGGACGGGCAGAGCCGCCGCCCGCGGGGAGAGGGACGCGGGGAGGCCGGAGGCGGCGACGGCGACCACCCGGCCGCGGACCUGCAGUUGCUGUGGGAACGUUUCUCCCACAGCCUCGCCGCCGGAGACAACCCGGAGAUGCUGGCCUUCCUCACCAGCUCUGGGGAGGCGGCGCGCCCGCCCGCGCCCGCCGAGCUCCACCUGGUUCUCAGAACUCUCAUCCCGAAAGCCAGCCCCCAGUGCCGGCUCGCGGCCCCGAAGAGAGAGAUGGUCGUGCAAGAUGUCUCUAGAGGAACUGCAACAUUUUUACCUUUGGAAGAAGACAGUGAGGGGAACCUAAGGGUGACAAUGAGCAAUGUGUAUCAAAUUGAGCUCAGUCGCACGGAAGGAGAAUGGUUCAUGUCUAUUUUAAUUUUCUGUCCAGAGAGAUGGCAUUCAGAUGGAGUUAUUCACCCUAAACCCACCUGGCUUGUAGAGGAGCUGCUGGGCAAGCUGGCCCGGUGGGCUGUGGAGAACAAGAGGAGAGAAUUCAAAAGCACGCUCUCUCUGGUUUCCAUCAUGAGCUACAGCAGGACCUACCAGGAACUUAAAGAGAAGUACAAAGAGAUGGUCAAGGUAUGGCCGGAAGUAACAGACCCUGAAAAGUUUGUAUAUGAAGACGUGGCCAUUGCUACGUACCUGCUGGUCCUGUGGGAAGAGGAAAGAGUGGAGCGGGGAUUAACAGCGAAGCAGUCCUUUGUGGACCUGGGCUGUGGGAAUGGCCUCUUGGUCCACAUCCUGUGCAGUGAAGGGCAUCCAGGCAGAGGGAUUGAUGUCCGAAGAAGGAAGAUCUGGGACAUGUAUGGACCCCAAACUCGGCUAGAGGAAGGUGCCAUCACCCCCGACGACAAGACCCUCUUCCCUGGCGUUGACUGGCUGGUUGGCAACCACUCAGACGAGCUCACGCCCUGGGUGCCCGUCAUCGCAGCCAGGUCCUCCUAUGACUGCCGCUUCUUCGUCCUUCCCUGCUGCUUCUUUGACUUCGCUGGGAAAUACCGCCGGAGGCAGAGCCAGAAGACACAGUACCGGGAGUACCUGGACUUCAUCCAGGAAGUGGGGCUCUCGUGCGGCUUCCACGUCCAAGAGGACUGCCUCCGGAUCCCGUCCACCAAGAGGGUCUGUCUCAUUGGGAAAUCCAGAACUUACCCUACCUCUGGAGAGGCCUGGAUGGAUGAGCAGAGGACCCGGUACAUUCGUGGCCGGCAAGGCUGCCCCACGAGCCCUCCUGGUGGCCAGCAUUCCUCUCCUGCACCCCGAGUGGUUGGCAGCAGCCUCCAAGAUGGUUCCAGAGCCUCGGGUGUGGGGGCCAAGGGUGAGGCUGAGGCCAGGCCCUCAGAGCGGGGAGCCGAAGACCCUGCCACUGCUGGCCGGCCCUGGCUGCCUGGAUUCCGCCCCAGAGAGAGAGCCCAGCGCCCAAGGAAUUGUGCCACCCUCCCUCCAGGCUUUGCUGACCAGGUGGUUUUGCAAGUGGCAGAGUUGCUGUUAGGUGGAAAGAAGCUAAACCCAACGGGUUCUCAAGAAGGAAGUGUGAAGGCCUGGAACAGCGGAGAGAGCCUCUCCUUGGCAGAAGUGGCCGGGGAGCUGGACAGGGCGACCCUGCGGAGGCUGAAGCAGGAGUGUGGAGGCCUGCAGACGCUGCUCAGAAACAGCCACCAGGUGUUUGAAGUUCUGCACGGGCGAGUUCGCAUUCGAGACUGGAGACGAGAGCCACAGAGGGAGAGGCGGCAGGGGGCCUUCAAGACCCGCCUGUGUUGGUUCUUCACUCACCACCCGGAUGGCUGUGUGCUGCCUGCUGCCAGCUGCCCAUUUGCCCAUGGGCCUGGGGAGCUGCGGCCGGCCCGGACAGCAGGAAGCACGGGCCCACCCCGUGAGCCGGCCCACGGAGGCCGGGCCUAGAGGCUGUGCUCCUGGCUGCCCUGCUUCCUCUGAAUUCCUGAUACACAGCCAGAAGCCAGAGGCACUCCCCAACUUGGGACACCCCAGGUUGCUGGGCUUGUUUUAUUCACAGCCCGAUUUCCGUGCGGCUGCCUCCUAUCGGCCAGCGUGUGUUUGCAGCACAUCUCCACAGCAGCCCUGUGGAGACCAGGGCAGCACAAGCUGCAGGCUGGGCUGCCCAGGCUUCUUCUUGGCAAAGGUGCCAUGAGGAUCAGGGAGUGCAGAGAAGGUGCCUGGGCGCCUGCUGGCGUCGGACUGGACGCUGCCACCUCGUCUCCCCUCCCCUGCUCCAGAAGACCUCCCAGAAAUGGCGUUUCCACCUUAAAUGGUUUUGUCAUUUGUUUGGUUCUUGGUGCUCCUAGGAUUUGGACUCCGCCUGCAGGAGUGCUCCACACGGCGCCUCACGCGUGCUCCGGCCAGGCCGCCCUCUCCGAGCUGUGAGGAGGCCAGGGGCGUCCCUCAGUACCUGCUGGCCCCCCAUGAGCGCCAGGCACGGGGAGCAGAAGGAUUCCUCGGCUCCCUCCCUCCCCGGUCCGCAUGCCCACUGCUGCGCCCCCUGCGUCUUUGGCGGCCUGGUCAGCAAGGCGAGAGCCACGGCCGCUGCCCACACUGGCAGGAGGCAGGAGUUGGGCUCUGCGCCCGCCUGUGUCCUGGCCCGGACCCACUCCCCUCCGUUGCUCAUUUGACCCGAUUAGUCUUUAGUUCUGGACGGUUGCUGGGUGCUGGAAUCCCGGAGUGACCCGCGCCUGCCCCCCACCCCCGCCCCUUGGCCCAGGCUCUUUCUGUGGUUGGCCGGCCAAGUGCUGCGUGUGCACUUCCCGUGCCAAGGGAGCGCAGGCUGGGAAGGCAGCGGCCGCUCAGCAAGGCUCGGCCUCUGGCUGGGAGCACAAGCAGAGGUUCGGGUCUGAGCAGUUGCUUGGCUAGCCCGGGCAGUGGGGCCGGGCCACUGUCCACAUCCAUGAGGGUUGGGCUGCGGUUGGGAGUCGGGGUGGGAUGGGUCACACUCCAAAGCCUCUGCAGAACUGGCGAGGCCGGGCUGCCCUGGGGGCGUCAUUCUGCCUGGAGACAAGACUCCCGCAUGGAGUCCAUGUGGUGAUGGUCGCAGAGUUGUUGGGUGGUCCCCCCUGAGUGGGAGUGGGGACCAUGCUGCAUCCAGCCUGGUCCUCGGGGCCCGCAGGCCCCUCCCAGUGCCAGGGGGCCAGAGUGCCCUCCCUGGACCAGAGGGGCUGCGUCCUCCCUGAGAAGCUGGCUAGCCCAGGCCCGUGGCCUCUCCCCGCGUUCUUCUGGCGCCCAACCUCGGGUGAGGGGAAAGACCCUGCAGCCGGCAGCAGUGGGAGCUGCUGCUUUGCCCCUGCCCUCCACAGGUCCUUCAGCCGGCACUGGAGUCCCAGGGGGCCAGGGCCCCUCCCGAGAGGACAUGCUGCAAGGCCCCCGGAGGUUCUGCUGCCCCGGCUCAGCCUGUGUCCUCCCACGCAAACGCAGAGGAUUGAGGUGCAAAGUCCUGCGAUGUGCGUGAGGGCUGGGAUACAUGUCUGACCUUGUGGGGUCCCCUGAGCCACGCCACCUGGACGCAAAACGGCCUGAGUCGGACGGGCCAGGUUAGGCCCAUGGGGGCUCUUUCUCCCCACAGAUGAGCUGAGGGAAUCCCAUCCAAAGGUUGGAGCCCCCACCUCCCAGCUGCUCCAGGGAGCCCCUCCUGCUUUCCCAGUUGACCAGAGAUAUUUGUGGGCAUGAACCCUGGGAGAGGGAGGGGCCGUGCAGGAGGAAGAUGCAUCUCAGAGGAGGCUCGAAGGAAUUUGCUGAGCAGGAAAUAUUUUCUGGAAAGUUCAAUGGGGCUCCUGUGGAAUCCCAAAUAUCCACACCACUAGGACGAAAUGUGUGCCUUAGAGGCCUCUGAGACUGGCUGGCCAGACUUCUGCUUUCCCACAAGGCCACGGCCCCAGGGCAGGGGCAGAGGGGUAGCGGGGCCCUGCCUGAGGCUCUUAGCAGGUCAGCAGUGGGGAGACAGCUGAGCCAAGGCUUUUCUUUUUUUCUUUUUGGUCAGUCGUGGGGC